ACACCCUUGUGUUAUGGAGAAGAAAAAAAGAUCUCAUGCGUUUGAAAGGUACUGUGUGCGGCUUUGCUUUAGUCCAGAAUGUGGACCAUUUUACAGUUCAUUACGGCAUAGGUAGCCGACAGCAGAGAACUUUGUAGAGUGGCCGUUGUUUUGCUGAUGAGUGAUAUCUGGCAACCUCCAGUUAGGCAUUUUCAAGUGUAGUCCGUUGCCUGGUUAGUAGUUAGUCAGAGGUAACGAAAACUAGCGAAGUUAUCUGCUUCAUUCUCAAUCGACUCCUGAACCCACUUGAACCGUGUGGCCCUGAUUCCGAACCAUGGCUACACGUCUCACAGAUCUACUUGGGAACACCCGGAUCAUUACCGGACUGCUGGUGAAUUUGUUCUCGUCCAUCUGUAUCGUUUUCAUCAACAAAUGGAUUUAUGUGCAUUAUGGAUUUCCCAACAUGACUUUAACCCUGGUACAUUUUGUAGUAACGUGGCUAGGGCUGUACGUUUGUCAGAAAAUGGACAUAUUCGCUCCCAAGAGUGUGCCACCGUCCAAAGUAAUUCUCCUGGCACUCAGCUUUUGUGGAUUCGUUGCCUUCACCAACCUCUCUCUCCAGAACAACACUAUUGGCACGUAUCAGCUCGCAAAAGCCAUGACUACUCCUGUCAUCAUUGUCAUACAAACAGUGUAUUACAGAAAGACAUUUUCCACGAAAAUAAAGUUGACGCUGGUUCCCAUUACAUUGGGGGUCAUGCUGAAUUCUUACUAUGAUGUCAGGUUCAAUCUCCUGGGUAUGGUGUUUGCCACAUUGGGUGUCUUGGUCACUUCACUUUAUCAAGUGUGGGUGGGAGCAAAGCAGCACGAGCUGCAGGUGAACUCCAUGCAGCUGCUGUACUACCAGGCCCCCAUGUCCUCCGCUUUCCUGCUGCCCCUCUUGCCCUUCUUCGAGCCCCUCACUGGGGAGGGGGGCAUCUUCGGCCCUUGGUCCCUGCAGGCUCUGUCCAUGGUGCUGCUGUCAGGGCUGAUUGCCUUCCUGGUCAACCUGUCCAUCUACUGGAUCAUUGGGAAUACCUCAGCUGUCACCUACAACAUGUUUGGGCACUUUAAGUUCUGCAUCACGUUGCUGGGGGGCUACGUACUCUUCCAGGACCCCCUUUCUCUCAACCAGGGCCUGGGAAUCGCCUGCACGCUUGUGGGCAUCCUGUCCUACACCCACUUCAAGCUGGCCGAGCAGGAGGAAGGCAAGAGCCGGCUCGCUCAAAGGCCAUAGGACACCUGGAACGCCAGUCACUGAUCUUGCCACUCUGGUUGGUCAGUCUCCAGAUUGCACACUCCCCCUGAUAAUGCACAUCUAACAGGGGGUGAGGAAAGGAGCAGGACAAGGAGCACUGGCAGGGAGGUACAGAGAGAGGACUUAACGCUUGAUGAUUGGGAUAGUUUAUUGGGAGGUUUUGAACUUUUGACUGAAGUUUUACAGGUACAACAAUGAAUGGUAAAGUGUAUAUGCCUGGGGUGACGGUACUCUCCUCUAAUUUAAAUUCACUUAAGAAGAAUGUCAAUCAUGAUGUGUGAAGGUUUUUCUUUAUGCAUCCAUGCUAUCGUGAACCAAUGCUUUCACUCAAUGAGAACAUUUUACUUUUAAAGGAGCAGAAUGUGGUUUUUCUUCUCA